GCGCGACAGCCUGGGGAAUGUGCCGGAGGCGCCUGCCGGGAAGGGCGCAGAGGGGUCCGGCGGCGGGGGCGCCCGCUUCUCGGCCAUGCGGAGCGCUGGGCGGGGGGCGCGGCUCCUGCUGGUCGCCCCCUGGAUCUGGGGGGCCAUCCUGGCCGCGUUAGGACAACCAAUGGGAUCUCAGGUGUGUGAAAAGGGAUGCGCCAAAUUCCACCGCCCAAUUCCCUUGAACCUCUUGCAAAGCUAUGAGAAGAGAGAAUGCGGGAAGCCCGUUGUGUUUGUAACCACCAAGAGGAAUCGGACCAUUUGCACCAACCCCAAGGACCAGUGGGUACAGGAUGCGAUGCGUGCGCUUGAUGCAAAGAGUGCCACUCCGACGGUGAUGGCUAAGCCUGGUGAGUUUGAUAAACACUUUGGAAAUACUGCCCGUAUGUCAACUCAAGCUGGACGUGCAGUGUACCCCACUGAAACAUUUGGCACAGCUGCCUAUGGAAAGUCAACACCUUCUGUUACGAUGACAACAGAAGAUCCCAAGCCUUCUGCAGAGAAUUCCGUGUCGGCAUGGGCACAGACUGCAAAAUCUUCUACAGGCUCUACUUCCAAACCAGAAUUGAUUGUUUCUGGAACCACAGUUCAGCCUGAACCUUUUACAAAUGGAAGUGCGGCUUCUUACUUCACUGAUCGACCAGAAGCCUCUGGCAAAGGACUUACUCCUGUUGGGAAAGGCCUGGAGGAUACCAGUGGAUCAGCGAGAGAGAUGGUACCACCUACAUUUCUAGGUACUCCAUCGCACUCAGAUUUUCACACGAAACACGUUGAAAAAAGCAGCGGAGAAGCCACAACUCCAUCCCCAGAAGUCCCGCCGGAUUUUUGGUCCAACGCCCUGGUUGAGCACCGAAGUUACAUCAUCUCUUUGGUUUUCCUGGGACUGGCUCUUGGUUUCUCCUUGGCUACUGCGUGGGUGUAUGCUAAGCACCGUAGGUAUAGCAGAGCAGCAACUACCGAAAUGGCACGAAGGGUGAAGUUCUCUAAUGAUGACUCUCAGACUGGUGCUCACGUCAUGCAAGUUCUUUGACUGGCUCAAGUCUUUAGCUAAGGGGUGCUGAUUUUUUGUGCUGCAGUUAACGACGUAUAGCUAUGAAGACACUUUAGCAGAUAUUUAUUUAUUUUUUAAUUGGAAUGGGACCCGUAACGGUUUCUAGCUGCUGGACAGCAAGAAACAGCAACCCUUGGGGGAGGAUUACAGUUUAUUGGGCUGUCUUUUAGCCUGCUGGUUUGUCAACCAGGAUCCUCCAACUUGGGAGGGAUAGGCAGUUGUUCAGGGAACUGAGAGCUCUUGCCUGAACCAUUAUGUGCAGGGUGGUUCUGUGUUAUGGUUGGAGACAGACGUCUGCCUCAUUCCCUCCCAAUCAGUGCAAAUAAAAUUUGCAAUAGGCAGCAACGAGGCCAACCAGACAGGACCAGGCAUGAAGCUGCCUCAUAGCAAGUCACACCAUUGAUCUACCAAGGGCAGUCUUGCCCAGUCUGGUUAAGAGUAUGUCUCCUGGGUCUCUGAUGGAAGUCUUUCACAUCACGGACUGGCUGAUCCUUUUAAACUGGAGAUGCUGAGACUGAGACCUUUGGCAUGCCAAGCAGAUGCUCUGCCACAGCCCAGACAGCUCGGGCACUGCCCAUGGAAGGGUGAUUGUUGCUCUCAUUGCAUGUAAACGCUGGUGGUGUCUGGGGAGACCAGCGAGAUUCGAAGCAUGGGGAGGGCACUGGGACACAGUAGUGAUUUGCUGAUGUACACUUGGGGCUUGCAAGCUCUUGGGACUGAGCACUCGCACCUAGAAAGGUUUGUGCCGGGAGGGGGCUGGGGGGAAAUGCACCAUGAUAAGUGGAAGCUGGUACUGUAAGUUACAAGCUCCGAAGCAAUCUUAAGCAGCUAAAUCAAAGAUGAGCGUUUGCAGUCUAAUCAGUGAUGUUUUUUUUCUAUUGUCUUAAU